CAUCAUUUGUGGCGGGAGUCAGCAGAUAAAAAGUGGAGUGCGGUGUGCGGAGUGCGGAGGGUUUUUGUGGCGAUACAGAGUGUUAGAAAUGGUAUCGGAAGCUCCUCUCCCCGAAUGGGCGACAGAGCCUUGCAUUAUGGGCAUCGACGAAGCCGGUCGCGGCCCUGUGCUAGGACCCAUGGUGUACGGAUGCCUCUACUGUGCACGCUCUUAUCAGGACACACUCGCUACCUUGAACUUCGCAGAUUCAAAGACUCUCAAAGAAGAGAAAAGGGAGGAAUUAUUUGAGAAUUUAAAGGCUGAUGAGUCCUUACGUUGGGCUGUUGAUGUCAUAGAUCCGAGGGAGCUCUCAUCCAAAAUGCUAAAGAGAAACAAGAUAAACCUAAAUGAGAUAUCCCAUGACUCCGCGAUUGGUCUCAUUACUAGAGUAUUAGGCAUGGGAGUUCUUUUGACUGAGGUUUAUCUUGAUACAGUAGGAGAUGCUGACAAGUAUAGAAUCAAAUUGUCUGAAAGGUUUCCUUCUAUCAAAUUUGUUGUUGCAAAGAAGGCUGAUAGUCUUUACCCAGUUGUCAGUGGAGCAAGUAUAGUAGCAAAGGUAACAAGAGACCGAGCCUUGCAAGAGUGGGUGCUUGAGGAAACAGCUGAGAACAUGCAUAGGAAAUUCGGUUCUGGAUACCCUGGAGAUCCUGAUACUAAGGCCUGGUUGGAUCAUCAUAAACACUCAGUAUUUGGAUUCCCAACAUUGGUACGCUUCAGUUGGGGCACAUGUACUUCCUAUUCCAAAGAUAUGGUUGAUGUUUUGUGGGAAUCUGAUAAAACGGAUGAAGAUGGUGGUAGCAAUAGCAGUGGCAAGCGGCAGUUGAAGCUAAGCAAUGUUGGUUUCACCUCUUCAAAGAGGAAGACUGAAGAAAUUGAAUCUAGUGCCAAAGGGCGAUGUAAGUUUUUCCAGGCUCGCAAACUUGAGCAACUAACUCAUUUUUAAGUAUAGGUUUGAUGACUUUGUUGGUGAAUGAUUGGUAUCCUUAAAUCUAGACCCAGAUUAAUGGCUCUCUUAUUGUGCAUUCUUGUAACUUCACAUAUCAAUAUUAUGUGUAGCUUGUAUGACUAUAUGAUGCAGUUUUAUGGAGUCACAUUAAUGAAGUUAUUUAUUGUAC